UGACGUUAUAGACAGUCAUGAACGGUUCGAAAUUUGUGGCGGAUAAUUCUUCCUCAGUGAAGGCUACUAAUUGCCUCUCCGUGGAACCGGGACUCUGCGAUGGAUCGUCCUACGCUGAUCAUUAUGACGACGCUAGUGCAAGCUUGGUGGUCCUCUGUGCAAUCUUGCUCAUUUUUAUGAGAUCAGGAUUUCUCUAUGUUGAACUGGCUUUCAGCAUGACUCAUAAAAGAAAAAGAGUUGUGCUUGCAAAAUACUGUGAUUUGUUUGCUGGGACACUUGGUUUCUGGCUGUUUGGAUUUGCCAUCUCGGGCAGCACUGACACAAAAAUACUGGGUGCUGAGCAAGACUUCCUCUUCUGGUUCUUAAGGUUUAUGUUUGCAACGAAUGCUGCAACGAUACUGGGAGGAACUCUUGUCGGACAAGAGGUCGAAAUGAGAACCGUGGCAACCUUUAUCUACGGCUUUGUGAUGACCGGGCUCAUUCAUCCAGGAGUAGCAAACUUCUUUUGGUCCUUACAGUCCUGGUUGUCCGACACGGCUGUUUUCUCUCCGUACCACAGCUGCAAUGGUACCAACACUGCUCGCAGGGACCACCAGUUCCUGUUCGCCUCUGGAGGAGAAUCCUUCUACUUCUUUGACCUGGCUGGUGCCGGAGUGGUACACGUCUGUGGUAGGCUAUGAUUAUGCAACGAAGAAUUGUGUGGAUGUGUGAAAUUGUGUUUGUUUUUACUGCAAAGGUGGCGCAGGAGCCUUUGUUUUGAGCGUGUUCCACAAGCUGGAGCUGUCGAAAAGAGGGAGAAGACUUCAAAAUGUGCCUCUUUUAAGAAGAAGAGAUACACUUGGGGAGUUAAAGGGCGAUGCUCAGAUGAAAAUGAGGAGCAGAAAGCUGCGACCAUCUCGAACAAGUUGGAGGCCAGAUAAUAUUCUCAGAAACUUUGUUGACUGGAUGUACUACAGAGGGACAGAGGAGCAGGAGAAUAUUGAGAGUGCUGCACUUGGUGUCCUCAUUCUCUGGACCUCAUGGUUUUGCUACACUGCUGGUGCUACUGAAGCUAUAUCUGGGAAGAUGGCCCAUGCUGCUGUUGGUAGGAUAUGCACCACCAUCUGUCUGGCAGCAGCCUCGGGGGGAGUGACCCAGGCCAUCCUCUCUGGGCUCGUCCAGAUGGCCAGCCGACACGCCCACUACAACACCAACGAGCUGGCCAAUGCCGUGGUGGCUUCUCUGGUGGCAGUCACUGGCUGCUGUGCCUUCAUUAGCCCUCCCUGGGCCAUUCCCAUUGGCUGUGCUACAGUUUUCAUCUACCACACCGGCUGCUUCAUUGAGUAUUGUCUUGGCCUCCAUGAUGGAGCUAGAGUGUUUCCAGUACAUGCCGUAUGUGGACUCUGGGGUCUGCUGUGUGUAGGAGUAUUCAGGAACACCUGUCUCGUUCGAGAACUCUACGAGAAUCUCUGCUACUGCUUGAACUCUGACCUACCAUCAUCUGUGAUGAUCAGGGCAGAAUGUCAUACUAUACAGAUGGGUGGAGAUGUUCAUUCUCCUCUGGUCACUGGUCCUGGU